AUGAAGACGAGAUUUAAUUCGUACGAUAUAAUAUGUAUGAUCUCAGAAUUACAAAGGUUGGUUGGCAUGCGUGUCAACCAAGUAUAUGACAUAGACAAUAAGACCUAUGUCAUACGUCUUCAGCGUUCAGAAGAAAAAGUUGUAUUACUUCUGGAGUCUGGAAAUAGGUUUCAUACAACACAGUUUGAAUGGCCAAAAAAUGUUGCACCUUCUGGAUUCACUAUGAAGCUCAGAAAACAUCUGAAGAACAAGCGUUUAGAGAGUUUAACUCAACUAGGAGUAGAUCGUAUUGUGGCACUUCAGUUUGGAAGUGGAGAAGCAGCCUACCACGUAGUUUUAGAAUUAUAUGACCGAGGUAACAUUGUGCUUACAGACAAUGAAUGGACUAUUUUAAAUGUACUCCGACCCCAUGUGGAGGGGGAUAAAAUAAGGUUUGCAGUUAAAGAGAAGUAUCCAUUGGAUAGAGCAAAAACAGAUUACGCGGCGCCUAACAAAGAUGUGCUUCGGGAAAUUUUAUCCAAAAGCAAACCUGGUGACAACCUUAAGAAAAUUCUUAACCCUAACCUUGAAUACGGUGCAGCAGUUAUAGACCAUGUGCUCUUGGAGAAUGGUUUGUCAGGCAAUAUGAAGAUUAAUAAGGAUCCAAGUAAAGGUUUUCAGAUCGAAAGGGAUUUAGAUAAACUAGUGACAGCCCUCAAACAAGCCGAACAGCUGUUGGACAGUGCAAAGAAUCAAGUUGCAAAGGGCUAUAUAAUACAGAAGAAAGAAGAGCGUCCAGCUGCAGAAGGAGAGUCCAACUUCCUCUUGACAAAUCAAGAAUUUCAUCCAAUGCUGUUUACCCAGUACAAGGACCAGCCAUUUGCCGAAUUGGAAACUUUUGAUAGAGCAGUUGAUGAAUUCUUUUCAGCUUUGGAAGGUCAAAAGAUUGAUUUAAAGACCAUCCAAAUAGAAAGAGAGGCUAUGAAGAAGCUCCAGAAUGUACGCAAAGACCACGACAAGAGAGUGACAGAGUUGGAGAGAGCUCAACUGGAGGACAAGAAGGCAGCGGAGUUGAUUUCCAGGAAUGAACCACUGGUAGAACAGGCUCGUCUUGCAAUACAAGCGGCUAUUGCUAACCAGAUGUCAUGGGAUGACAUAAAACUCCUAGUAAAGACUGCGCAGGACAACAAAGAUCCCAUCGCCUCGACCAUCAAGCAGCUAAAACUGAACACCAACCAUAUCACCCUGCUGCUUUCAGACCCCUACGACGAAGGUGAUGAUGGGGAUGAUGAAGAUAACGAUGAUUUAGAUGGUCGCCUAAAACCAAUGCUGGUGGAUAUAGAUUUAUCGUUGACAGCUUUCGCAAAUGCAAGAAGAUACUACGAUCAAAAACGAAGCGCCGCUAAGAAACAGCAGAAGACGCUAGAGUCAGCGGAUAAAGCUUUGAAGAGCGCCGAGCGGAAGACCAAACAGACCUUGAAGGAAGUCCAAACUAUCAGCAGCAUCAGUAAAGCGAGGAAGACCUACUGGUUCGAGAAGUUCUAUUGGUUUAUAUCUUCGGAUAAUUUUCUGGUGAUAGCGGGGCGCGACCAGCAGCAGAACGAGCUUGUAGUGAAGCGGCACCUGCGCGCCGGCGACGUGUACGUGCACGCCGAGCUCAGCGGCGCCGCCUCCGUCGUGGUUAAGAGCGCGGCGCGCGGCCCCGUGCCGCCGAGGACUCUCGCGGAGGCUGGGCUCGCGGCCGUUGGAUACAGUGUGGCUUGGGAGGCGAAAGUGCUGACUCGAGCCUGGUGGGUCCACGCGCACCAAGUGUCUAAGUCUGCACCCACUGGGGAGUACCUCACCACGGGCUCCUUCAUGAUCCGCGGCAAGAAGAACUACCUCCUACCCGAGCAGUUGCAGUUCGGCUUCAGCUUCAUGUUCAGGUUGGAGGACAGCUGCAUAGAGCGGCAUCGCGACGAGCGGAAGUGCUUAGCUACCGACGGUGUUGCGUCUGACGUCACUUCCGUCCAGGAACAAGACGAAGAGAUCGUAGUAUCAGACGACGACGAACCUUCCGAUAAGGAGGACUCGAAGCGAGACAUCGAAGCAAAUCUCGCCACCAUCACAGAGGAGACGACGCGAAUCGAGAUAGAAGAUGCACCGCAACAAGAGAACGAGGGAGAAGGAGAAGGAAUAAAGGAGGAAGUUAAGAUAGAAGACCAGCACAAUGACGAUAGCGAUGAUAGUUCCUCGGAGACUGGUGGCCUCCAUACUCACAUUAAGAUUGACCAUGGAACUGGUGAAGUGCAUACCGAGUCGAAAACUAUGACCGCGUCUGAAAUCACCGAAAUGAACGAAGAAUUAACUGUAUGUUUCCCCCACUUCCCGAGGAAAAGCAAAAAGAGGAUAGAAAAGGAAAAGGAAGAACAAAAGAAGGAGGAUAAGGACAAGAAAGACGCGCUGAAGAGGGGACAGAGGGGCAAGUUGAAGAAAAUAAAGGAAAAAUACAAGCACCAGGAUGAAGAAGAUCGGGCUUUGAGAAUGGAAAUAUUACAGUCGGCCAACACGACUAAAGAAUCCAAAAAAGCGCAGAAGAAAGCUACGAUGAAGAACACAAAGAGUAAAGCCGGAGGUCGAGCGCAGAAGAUACCUCAGCCUGCUCCGAUACUUCUAGAAGCAGAGUCCGAGGAGGAGCCGGAAGUUGAGUUGGAGCAACCUGGCGCCGAUACAGACGUGGAACUGCUCAACCAGCUAACUGGCUGUCCGUACCCAGAGGAUGAGCUUUUGUUCGCGGUGCCGGUCGUGGCCCCGUACUCUGCACUCGUUAACUACAAGUACAAAGUGAAACUAACCCCGGGUACCAGCAAGCGCGGCAAAGCCGCAAAAACCGCAGUCCAGGUGUUUCUGCGGGACAAAGCGUGCACUCCCCGGGAAAAGGACUUGCUGAAGGCCGUCAAGGAAGAGAACAUCGCGAGGAACUUCCCCGGGAAAGUCAAGCUGUCCGCCCCGCAGUUGCAUAAACAUAAGAAAUGA